AGACCCUGGGUAGAGCGAGAGAGCACAGGAGAUCACAGCAAGAGACCUGCAGAGAGAGAGAGAGAGAGAGACUGAAUGUGAGAAGCAGCGUGAGGAGAGUGAAAGCAGAAAAUCAUUCAGCUCCUGAUCGUCACUGAAGACGAUUCAACAACUUACAGACACUCUCUGGAAACCUGAAAUCCACAUGAGACCUCUUCUGCCUGCUGUUGGUUUACAGAAGAACUGGACACAUCCUUCUUUUAUUUCUUUUCUUUUAGGAAAGUGGCAUAAGAGAGGUGGAAAUAUCCCACGAGGGAGAGAUGAAGGCUUUAAAUAAAAUCUAUGAAGCUGAAGGAAUACUGAACCAGGUCUGCGUUUGUUUGCGGAGGAUUUGGAGAGGUACUGACAUUUUCCACUGAGGGAUUAUACUUCAAGGACGAGGAGAGAUUUAAGUAAUAUUUAUGGUCCCUGAAGGGCUGACAUUGUUUUUGGAGAACACAGAGGAAUGUUUUUACUCUGAGUCAGGACUUUCUUAAAGCCAAACUGAUGUGAGUGUGUGUGAGGGGAAAGUUAGUAAGGUGUCUUUGGGUAACGCACACGUCAAACACAGCUGCAGGCGCACUCUCACAGGUGCUGGGAUGAGUCGAGACAAGAGGGCAAGGACACGCAAGGAUUUUCACACAGAUUCACUAACACACUCGCACAGUGAUUACACGCAGGUAUGUAGUUUAGAAUAAAGCCACCUUUACACAGGACACCUCUCCGCUCUGCAAAUUCACAACUAAUGUCGAGAAAAUCUGCAAAAAAAAAAUUGAUAGAAGUUAUGGUAAUACAGACCUUUACGGAUGAAAACAAAGGGUCUUUGUUCUUUGUUUUCUUGGCUGUUUGCUUUAUGAAUAUCAAAGACUAAAAGGUCAAACGUCAUCUGUUUGAAAUCAAAGACUUGCAGGGGAUGAAAUUCUGAUUUGUUGAAGAUCCAAAACUUCAGAUGGAUCUAAUAUUUUUAUCAUGAGGGCAGCUUUGACAAGCCCAGACUUCAAGGAUGAGAAACCUGCAAGAGUGUCUUCCAUGGCAGCUUCAAAAGGAUUCAAUAAUCAGAAGAUGAGAAGACAUUUUUUUUAAAUGACUGAAGGCAUGUGAGUCGAAAUCUUCCCAAUAUCUGGAGGAGAGCCUAACUGGAACACUUUUUGUUUGUUUUUCCAGUACUGUGUGAGGAGCUGCACACAGGGACAGUACAAGCAAUUUCAUUUUUAUCCAUUCAGCACUGUCCUUUGAGGUUGAACAGCUGCUCUUCUCUGCUGAAUUCCACAGUCUGCUAUUUUUGUUUCCCUGUGUGGAGAAGAUCAUCAUCUGUUGAUGCUUUGACAGACGAUUCGAGGCUUGAGUUUGUCUCUGAGAUGAUGGAGUAAAUAACUGACUGCACAUAUUGAAUUACAUUUCAUUACUCAAGUGAUAAAUGGUGUUAUAUCUGUUGUAUUCACCUGGGGACAGGAAAUGGAAAGCGGGUAAAUGAUUAGUGGAGGUUCCUCCUCCUUACUCUGCUCUGACCCAUUUUCCAGGCAGCGGUCUUGAGGCGUCUCUGUCUCUGGCUGUGACGGCGUUACCGAGCUGACACCAUGAACCUGCGUAGCAGAAACGUGUCACAGUUGAUCUCGAACACUGUCAGAGCCGUUACCGCUCUGGAGUCCAACACCUGGCCUUCACGUGGAUUGGAGGAAAUCACUCUCCGAAUCAAUAACGUGACGAGCCCGGGGUGUCACAAAGGCAUUGACGCACAGUUGGGGAACUUGUCUUAUCGUAACGUUGCAGGAGUAUACGCUGAGGAGGGCACCAGGAUUUACGGGUCUCAGUGUCCUCCCCAAGAGAUGGCGGUGGAGAAGAACUGGGCGGCUUUGCUGAUUUUAGUUGUCAUCGCUGUCACGGUCAUGGGCAACAUCCUGGUGAUCCUGGCAGUCUCCCUGGAGAAGAAGCUUCAGAACGCUACAAACUAUUUCUUGAUGUCGCUGGCAGUUGCUGACAUGCUCCUGGGCAUCUUGGUCAUGCCGGUUUCCAUGGUGACCAUUCUCUACGAUUAUGGGUGGCCGCUGCCCUCUGACCUUUGUCCCAUAUGGAUCUACCUGGAUGUCCUGUUCUCCACAGCGUCCAUCAUGCACCUCUGCGCCAUCUCUCUGGAUCGUUACAUCGGCAUUCGAAACCCGAUCUACCACAGCCGCUUCAACUCCCACACCAAGGCCCGCAUCAAGAUCAUGGCGGUGUGGACGAUUUCAGUGGGGAUCUCCAUGCCCAUUCCUGUGCUGGGACUCAGAGACCACUCCAAGGUCUUCAAAGAUGGCAGCUGCCUGCUGACAGAUAACAACUUCGUGCUGGUUGGGUCCUUCGUGGCCUUCUUCGUGCCCCUCACCAUCAUGGUCGUCACCUACUUCCUGACCAUCAACGCCCUGCAGAACGAAGCCACCCUCUGCUUAGACCAGCUGGUCCCACGGCCCAAAUGGAGCACGACAUUCACUUUGAGCUUCUUACCGCAAACCUCGCUGUCCUCUGAGAAACUCUUCAGACGUUCAAUAAGCCGUGAGGCAGGUGGCAGGGGAAGCAGCGGAGGUCUGGGAGGCGCCCGCGGGAGUGUCUCCGGCUCGCUGUUUGGUCGCCGCACCAUGCAGUCAAUCAGCAACGAGCAGAAGGCGUCUAAGGUCCUCGGGGUGGUGUUUUUUCUCUUUGUGGUCAUGUGGUGCCCGUUUUUCAUUACCAAUGUGCUGGUGGUGGUGUGUGACCCGGCGACGUGUGACGCAGGACUCAUGGGAGGCCUGCUGAACGUUUUCGUCUGGGUGGGAUACUUGUCGUCCGCAGUCAAUCCAUUGGUCUACACACUUUUUAAUAAAACAUACCGAGCGGCAUUCCUGCGCUACGUUCGCUGCCAGUACCAGUCAGAGAAGAAGCCUCUUCAGCUCAUACUGGUUAACACUAUCCCGCCGAUGGCUUACAACUCAACCCAGCUGCCCCUGGGCGACAUCGGGAAGUUACGAAACGGAGCGAUGCACUCUAGUGGCACAGUGAAGGACUUCUCUUUACCUGGACAGGAAACGGAGAAGUGUAGGCUGGACAAGAGUCAUAGUGACGGGGAUGAGAGCUGUGUGUGAGCACGUCCGAGACUGUAAUAAAAAACCCUGCUUCAAAACUUCUGUGGGCACAUCAUACUUGAGAGCGAAGGGUUUGUGGUUUAAAGUCAAAGUACCAAAGACAAAGUGCCUCCCAGUCAGGAUUUUAGAAAAACUUACCCAACCUCUAAAGAAAUAGAAAAUAUCCGACUUCUGAUCCAUGUCCCAUCAACAGGGUCUGGAUCAGCUGAAUCAAGUUUGUGAGUUCCUUAUUACAACAAAAACACCUUUUGAUACACCUUACUCAAACACAAAAUCAGUCAGUCCUUGUUCCAUGGCUUAAAAUCUCUACUGUCUUUGGUCUCAGUGCUGUUUCAGAGCCUCUGCUACACUGCCAGCAAAUGAAAUUGGUCCAUUUUAUUUUAUUUUAAAGGUAUUGAGUCUAUCAAUAUCUUCCAGUUCGAGAGCAAAUGAGAUGGAUGCAAAGGAGGGGAAGUCCAUGUGAAUGAUAAGAGACACUCUACAAAAAGUGAUAUCAUUUACCCAUUUUGUAAUAAACUGAAGACGAAAGAGGUAAACACA